GUAUUCCUUCUUCGUUUAUUGGUGUUGUUCCAGUAAAUUUAUGACAAGCAGAACUAUUAUAUAUAUCAGGGGAACAUUUGUUUGUUAAAUAAAUGUUGGAUUUUUUAUCUGCACCCUUAACUAUUGACCCGUAAAAUGAUUCGCUCCCUCGUGAGCGACAGUCAGGUCACGUGAUCACCCUCAGUCUAUAUUUAUACUCGGUUUGUUUGUGUGGGUCCGUGUCUCACGGUAGCUGAGACCUCGAAACAUACUGAAGCGGAUCUAUCUUCAUAAUCGGGGAUUUGUCUUCCUCUGGUGACUCUUGUUUUCAAUUUAGUCAAACAUCAUGGCUGGAACUUUGGAAUGGAUCAGUGCAACUGCUUUGGAGUACCGGAUCACACUAAUGCUGGUUUUGGCAGUGACGGUAAUGGUGUAUUUUAUGACCCGGAAACGUUACAAGCUUCCACCGGGACCAAGUGGUCUCCCGUUGCUUGGCAAUAUUCUAGCUAUACAAAACAAGUCACUGUUCCGGAUGCUGAUACAACUGGAAAAGAAGUACGGCCCCGUGAUAACCCUUAACCUUGGUCCAAUACGCACUGUGUUUCUCAACAACUUGGAAGUUGUGCAGGAAGCGUUCGUAGGGAAGUCUGUGGACUUUGCGGGACGGCCGCAGACGUUCUCAGGAUUGGCUUUCACCGAGGGAGGCAAGGACAUUGCUUUCACAGAUUAUGGACCGACGUGGCAACUCCAUCGGAAACUGGCACUGAGGGCUCUCAAGCACUACAUGAAAGGCGAGAGGUUUCAGGACACGAUAACUGAAGUUAUGGAAGCUGUGACGGUAGAGAUGGGGACAGAGACGGGCUCGUUUGACAUCUACAGCUACAUCAACCUCGCCAUCUUCAACAUCAUCAGCAAGAUCUGUUUCAAUGAGAAGUUUUCAUCGGACAAUGAAGAGUUCCUAAACGUCUGUAAGGCACUUGACAUCUUCUCGCAAGAAACAGGAAAUGGAUUCGCGGAGGAUGUAUUCCCUCCUUUAAGACUUUAUCCAACAGCGAAAUUCAGGAAGUUCAUGAAACUAAACGACGAGAUGCUUGACUUCAUGUACAAAAGGAUCAACGCACACAGAGAAACGUUUAUAGCAGAUGCACAACGUGACUUCACAGACGCCAUGUUGAUUGCCCAGAAAGAGGCAGAGGUGGAAGAGGACCAGGAGCUACUAGAACAGAUAACCAACACGCAUCUUGGCCAGACAGUAUCGGAUGUUUUCGGAGCGGGCUUGGACACGUCUCGACAGACUCUGUAUUGGACAGUCCUGUACCUUGCAGCCUACCCGGAAGUACAAGCGAAACUCCAUGCGGAAGUGGACAGGGUGUUGGGUGAGCGGCGAGUACCGAUGCUGUCCGAGCGACACAAGCUGCCGUACACCGAAGCCGUGCUCUAUGAGAGUAUGCGGAAAGGGACAGUGGCGCCUCUGAGUCUCCCCCACUCAACCACUUGUGAUACAACUGUCGCUGGCUACGAGAUUCCUAAAGGGACGAUGGUGUUUGCCAACAUCUUCGCUAUCCACCAUGAUCCAAGACACUGGAAGGAACCGGAAGUGUUUAAUCCCGAACGUUUCCUAGACGAUUCCGGAAGGUUUGCACCGAAGUCUGAAAGUUGGAUGCCUUUCUCUGUCGGCAAGAGGGCGUGUAUGGCGGAAGCUUUGGCCAAACCGGAACUGCAUGUUGUCUUGGCCUCGUUCAUGAGGUGUUUUGAGAUUCGACUGCCGGACGGAGUGACCCCUGACCUUGAACCGGAAGACGGAAGCUUUACAUUUAUGCCUAAGCGCUAUCAGGUUGUCGUCAAAAACAGAUUUGCAUGAGAUGGGAAGAUGUGACAAUCCAGGCGAUGUCCAUGUGUACUUGGAGGACCAAUUUUACACAUAACUGAAUUAUGCUGAUAAUAUAUGUUGUCAGCUUACGUAAGAAUAAUUUGGUAGAAAGUAAUGGUUGAUGGAAGCAUUUUCCUUAGCAUACAUUAGUUAUCCAUCUUUAAAUAUAAAAUAUUGUGUGCUUUGUCAUA